AUGCUGGAAGAUACAGGACGCAUUCAGAUAAGGCCUGGAGGAAGGACAGUUGCACGGGGGUAUAAAGAGGAGCUAGCGCCCGCCGAGCCCAGAGCCCGGCAGCAAAGCCAGCCCUGCCCCGGAGAAACCCCACCCGCCGUCCUGUCCUGUCCCCCGAGAGCCGCGUCCUGCCGAGACCCCGUGGUCCUGUCCCCCGAGAGCCGCGUCCUGUCCUGCCGAGAGAGCGGGAGAAAGGAUGCACGAAAGCCAGACCGCAGAGCUUGGGGGCUUAACCUUGGAGACGAUAUCGUGAAAGUUGUAAUUGAUUGGAGCAAGCUUCAAAGCAUAUCAGCACUUCAGCCAACAUUGCUCUUUAGUGCACUUCAGCAGCAUAUUUUAUGUUUGCAGCCUCUUUUAGAAAAACUCCAGUCAUUGAUUAAAGAGGAAAAUAUAGGCCAUGUUGAACCUGCAGGUAAAACAGAAGGCCAAACUUGUGAAACAAGUUUAGAUGUUUAUGAUGGUAACUGUCAGACUGAAGAAAAAUAUGCAAGUUACGAAUUGGGAGAUCUGAAGGAUGCUCAUAUUAAUUUUGAUCCAGAGGUGGUCCAAAUAAAAGCUGGAAAAGCAGAAAUUGACAGGCGGAUAUCAGCCUUCAUGGAGGGAAAACAAGCUGAGAUCAUCAAUGAAAAUUUUGUCAGGGAAUUUUGCAAUGUUAUUGAUUGUAAUCAAGAAAAUAGCUGUGCCAGAACAGAUGCAAUUUUCACACCCUAUCCUGGAUUUAAAAGCCAUAUAAAGGUUUCUAGGGUAGUAAAUACAUAUGGACCUCAGACUAGAUCUGAAGGAGUACAUGGGUCCAGUCACAAAGCCAAUGUACCCAUUCAUGAUUGUGGAAACCAAGCUGUUGAGGAGAGAUUGCAAAACAUUGAAGCACACUUACGGUUACAAACAGGUGGUCCUGUACCAAGAGACAUUUAUCAGAGAAUUAAGAAGCUUGAAGAUAAAAUCCUUGAGCUGGAAGGACUGUCUCCUGAAUAUUUUCAAUCUGUAAGCUGUUCUGGCAAGAGGAGAAAGGUUCAACCUCCCCACCAGAACUAUUCAUUGGCUGAACUUGAUGAAAAGAUCAAUGCUAUAAAACAGGCAUUACUGAGGAAAACAAAAGAAAGCAAGUCCAAGGAAGUUGAGCGGCUUCUUCGAUAAAAAAAA